UCUCGUCGAGAAAAUGAGCCGCUGCGGCUGGUUUCAGCGUGACGUCACGUCGGUCGGCUCGCUUCGCUCAACGGAAGAAAACGAAGGACGGAUUCUUCUGCCUUUUAGAAUCCUCCACUUCACUUGAGUUUUUGGACUCCAGAACGACAAGCUGCAAUUUCAGUGGACAAUUUUGUUACUGUGCUGCAGGAACAAUGCUCAAUGAGAAAUAGACCUUAUCAACGUAAACACUGGAGUGCUCAGUAAAAGAAAUGGUUGAUGAUGUCUUUUCGCAAAAAACUGGCGGGGAUACAGACUGAAACAAGCGAGAUACAUUUUGGAAGGCAAACCGCUAAUAAAAAUACAUUUUGGGGUGCAAUAUUAGGGUACGGGGGCACGUAAUCUCCAGCGAGAGCAUCGAUUACAGGGGAAAGAAAUGAUGGGAAGCACUCUCGACACAAGUUACAUAAAUAUCUGGGUGACGGAGUCUUGUCAAAUGGACCAGGACGGUAUGGAAGAUGUCAACGCUUUGCGGUCAGAAGGCAGCAGCAGCAGCAGCCUGCGUGACUCCCGGCUGACUCAGGUCGGCAACUCGGAAGAGAGAGCCCAUCUGAAGGUCUACCUCCGCGUCCGACCCUUCACGGCGGCCGAGGCCCAGAACGGAGAGUCGCAGGAUUUGGUGUCGGCGGAACCUCCGGACGGCGUCGUGCUCAGGCCUCCCGGCUCCGACGGAGGCGACAGAUCCUUCCUGCGGACCGCUCAGCGCUUCCGCUUCUCUCAGGUGUACGGUCCGGACACCACACAGAGUGAAUUCUUCCGAGGGACGGUGAAGGAUCUGGUCGCUGACGUCCUCCGCGGAGGGAAUUCUCUGGUCUUCACGUACGGCGUUACCAACGCCGGGAAAACCUUCACCUUUCUGGGUCCGGACGGCGACGUCGGCGUUCUGCCCAGGUCCCUGCACGCCAUCUUCGACAGCGUAGAGGGGAAGGUCUGGACCGGGCCGAGCGUCAAACCUCAACGCCGCCGAGAGUUCGUCUGGCUGAGCGAGGAGCAGCGGGCUGAGGAGGCCGCCUUCAAGGGCGAGCUGCUGCGACAGGUCAACGACGUAACGGCGGCCGGCCGGCGUCUUCCCCGGAGGACGUCGUCGCUCGGCGAAGCUCACGUUCUCCCGUCUGCCUUCCAGUGUGAGACGGCCAAGAGCGGCACGUGGAGCUCCGGCGAAAGGACGCUCCUCGAAGGCAAGUUCGCCCUGCGGCUGGAAACCGACGUCAGGUUCUCAGUUUGGGUCUCCUUCUGCGAGAUCUACAACGAGAACAUCCACGACCUCCUGGAGGCCUCGCCCGGCGGACCGGCCAAGAGGACGGCGCUCCGCUUGUCUCAGGACGCAAAGGGCGGCGCCUUCGUCAAAGACCUGCGCUGGGUGCAGGUGGGCAGCGCCGACGAGGCCUACCGGGUCAUGAAGUUGGGCAAGAAGAACCAAAGCUUCUCUUCCACUCGGAUCAACCAUCUCUCCAGCAGGAGUCACAGCAUCUUUUCCGUUCGCAUCCUGAGGAUUGCGGAGUCCGGAUCUCCACGAGCGGUCGCCGUCAGCGAGUUGUGUCUGUGUGACCUGGCCGGGUCGGAACGCGGCGCCAAGACCGCCAACCGGGGAGAACGUCUCAAAGAGGCCGGAAACAUCAACGCGUCGCUGCUCACCCUGGGAAAAUGCAUCAACGCGCUCAAGCGCAACCAGCACGCCAAGCUGCCGCAGCACGUGGCUUUCCGCGAGAGCAAGCUGACGCACUACCUGCAGGCCUUCUUCUGCGGCCCGGCCCAAGUUCGCAUGCUGGUCAACGUCAGCCGCUGCGCUUCCGCCUACGACGAGACGCUCCGCGUCCUCCGGUUCUCGGCCGUGGCGCAGAAGGUGGCGCUGGCGCCCGGCGGCGCCCGUCCCCUCCCGCCGCAGAAGUCGACCCGGCCUAGCGGAGGCGGCGGCCAGACCGGCCAGGGGGAGCUGCAGGAGGACGACGGGGAGGAAGAAGAAACGAUGUCAAUGGAGGACACCGUGUACCAAAAUGAGGAAGACGAGAACAUCUUCAGGAACAUGACACCACAGCAGGUGGCGCUCUUGAGGAGUCUUCGGAUGGCGUCGAAGGAGGAGCGAGCGGCCGGCUCGCUGGCAGAAGCUCGCCUCCGAGAGGACAUCGGCAGAGAGUUCGAGGACAUUUUGGCCGAGAUGCAGAUGGACUUUGAGGAGCGGCUGGCCAGAGAGAGGGAACUCUUGGAGCGGCGAGCGGAAGAACGUCUGGAGAUAUUCAAGAAGAUGACGGACAAGAUGGCCGCCUGCAGAGACGCUCGCGAGGAGGCGCCGGGCUCCCUCCGCGAGGAGCGAGCAGCCCGAGAGGACGUCAUCGCCGCUCCGGAAAGGAAAGGCCGAGAGACGGAAAAGGCCCCGCAGGAGCCCAGCAAAUCCCAGGAGGAUUCCCGGGUGGCUCUGGACGCUGAGGAGAGAAGCGUCGCAGAGGCGCUGGACCGGGAGAGGAGCUUGGAAAAGGAGGUGGGCAGGUUGCUCCAGGAGGUCCGGACGCUAACUGCGGCAUUGGAAGCGUCGCAACGCAAGGAAGCGUCCGACGAGCGGCCGGAGGAGUCCCGCGAACGGGAAGCCUGGCGCGACCCCCUCCGGCAGAACCUCGAGCGGCCGGAGACCGGAUUACGGGCCGCCGGCUCCAGUCGAGCUUCGGCUGCAGAAGACCGCCGCGGCGUCCAGACGCACGAGCUCCACCGGUCGCAGCAGGAGGCGGCGCCGGCCCGAUCCGCCGCGUCCCCGCCGGAGAGGCGACCGGGGGAGCGUCACGACGACGACGACGACGGCGGCGGCGAGCGGGCCCUCCGGAGGGAGGCCGAGCGGCGCCGGGAGCUGCUGGCCGUGGCCCACGAGGCCAUCGAGCAGAAGGACGCCGAGCUGGAGAAGAGGGCCCUCCAGAUCGCCAAACUGAAGGAAGUCGCAAAGCAGGACUCGGACAAAGUGAAGAGUCUCAGCGCGGAUCUGGAGCGGAAGGAAGAGGACUCUUCGGAGCUCCGAGAAAAGCUGGCCGACUACAAGAAGCAGAUCCAGCGGGUCCACAAAGAUAUCUCCGCCAUGAAAGACGAGGAGAAGCUGCUGCGGCGGAAGCUGUCCGACGCGGAGAAGCUGAAGAACCGGCUUCAGUCGGACCUGACCGACAGAGACAGAACCAUCCGACAGCUCAAAGCGGAGAAGAAGCCCGACGAGACGCAGGAGCUUUAUCGCAGAGCUCGUCAAGAUCUGGAGGCCGAGCGGCGGCUGGUGGACGACAUGCGCUCGGCCCUCGCGGAGCAGGACGAGACUCAGGAGCAGAUGGAACGCGCGCUGGACCAGAAAGUGGAGCUCGUCCGGGAGCUCAGCGACGAGCUGGACAAAAUGAAGGCGGCGCUGAGGCAGCCCGGCGGCGGCGGCGGCGGCGGAGGAGGCCCCGCCCCCCCCCGCAGCCUGGAGCCGCUUGAAGAGAAACAUCGGACGGAACGUGACAAGUGGAGGGAGGACAAGAUGGCACUGAUCGCUCAGCUCAAAGAGGCGGAGGACAAACGCAACCAGGAAAUGAAAAAGUUUGCGGAGGACCGAGAGCGAUACCUGGCCCGGCAGGCCCGGCUGGAAAAUGAUCUGCGCCUCCAGGAGGAGAAGAUGGCGAGCUGGAGGACGGAACGAGACGCUCUGGUCGGCGCCCUGGAGUUGCAGCUCGCCGAGCUUGUCGCCGGCCGGCCCGACCGAGACCGAGCGGCCCCCCCGCCGCGCCGCGACAGCUCCAGAUCGCCGGCGGAGGUCAGCGCAAAUACAGCAAAGGGCGGCGGCGACGAAGCGACGCCGAGAGAAGCUCACGUGACGUCGGCGGAAGGGGACACGGAGGACGCCGACGACCGAGAGCCGGAGACCCGAGUCCAGGUGACAGACGCCGGGGGAGCGCAGCCCGGCGACCCGUCGCCGUCGGCCGUCGGUCAGGUGACCUCAAUGGACUCCUCGGGCUGCCCGUCGGUGCUGGAAUCGUCUCGGGUCUCUGGAGAAAACGGGCGCGGCGACCGUUUCCCGCGGCCGGAGCUGGAGAUUUCCUUCAGCCCGCUGCGGCCCGACCGGGUGGCGGUGCGACGCCGAGGCGUGCCCGGCGCCAGCGCCGUCACCGUCAAGAUCACGCGGUCGGCGCGCAAGAGGAGGAGCGGCGAGAUGGACGAGGGCUCCGGCCCGUCGGCAUCUCCCGGGACCGCCGGCGUCCGCGGCCCAAGAGAGGGAACGCUGCAGAAGAUCGGCGAGUUCCUCCAAAGUUCGCCCACGCUGAUCGGGUGCAAAGCCAAGAAGAUGAUGAGCCUGAUGAGCGGCGCCGACUCGAACGGCUCGUCGUCCGUCGGCCUGAAAAGCAAGAAGAGCAAAAGGAAGUUGGCGAGCGCCGACGAACCCCCCCGCACGACGCUCGGUCGCGACGUCGUUGCCGGGGACAACCGAAGCCGCCAUCCUAUCAUCAAAGGACGACUUCGCUCCGGAUUGGCCCGAUGAUCCUAAUUGCUUGUUAGAAAUAUCCUUUUAUUUGAUGACCGUCACACUACUAACUCGCUAAGCUGACUUGAUUUGAAUGUGCAAUCUGGGUAUUGUUUGUUCGUGGUUGUCGUUUGCACGCCGCCGUUCGUCUCCGCUUCCGCCCAAGAAGAUUUGGAUGCGUCCGACGUCGUCGCUCGCUGACUCCCAAACUUGUGCAAUGCGGGUGCUUCCGGGGAAGCGGAUCUCGACAAAUGUGCCGUCUUACACGUUCCUUUUGAAAAUGUUGCCCCGGCCGGCGCCCUCUCUUAACCUCUCUCCGUCGCUGCCGAUUGUUGUAUGUAUGGAGCGGGGACAAAUUCGUUGGAUUUCUGACGCACGAAGGCCGUUGGGGUUGUGUAUUUGUUCUCGGACUUGGACUUGAGCUCUUUUGCCACUUUUGAUCGCCGCGUGUGACGUCGAAGCAAAGCAAAUGUUUUUAUACAUGUCGUACACAAACCAAGGCAACGUGCUUUGUGGGAUGAAAAGCGUUUUAAAAUGAAACCCGCUUGUAACCGUUUAAAACAAAUAAAAAGAGUGGAAAAAAAAGAAGAGAG